GUGGAGCCAAUCACCGUGCCUCAUCGGCUUCGGUGGUGGGACGCCCAUGGAGAAUAGCCAAUCAAAGUUCCUCGGGAGGCAGCGGGCGGGGCCAGUGGGGGGAACAUCCAAUUACCACUCCUUACGGUUGAAAGGGCGGGGACACGAAGAGCAAGCCGAUUGGCAGGGGUUACGCCCAAUCACAAUCCCCCCCCCCAGGCGUGCGGCUUCCGAGGAGCUUUUAGAUGGACAUGCUCCGCGGUCAAUCAGGGCCCGCGGGCUGAGGAGGCGGGCUCUUCUGUUACUAUGGGGCGCGCCCACCCUGAGCCGAAGAGUCCCGCGUUACGCACGUUCAUUGGCCGGGAGGGCCCUGCCCUGCCCUGCCCUGGGGCGAGCCCGACUCCUGCGGCCGGGGCCGUGGACCAGGCCCAGCCCGGGGCGCGGAGGCCCAGCGGCGCAGGCCGGGCUCUGCCCGAAGCAGGGCCUGCGGCGGGCGUUAGCCCUGCCGCUGACUUCGUACCCGGCAAGCCCCGCCCCUCGCCUCGCCUCGCCGUGCCUCAGUUUCCUCGCUAGUGUAACGGUGCUCACCGGCGGGUGGGGAAGGGAGAAGAAGUGGGUAACGGUGGGAGACACAUCCCUUCGGAUAUUCAAGUGGGUGCCUGUAGCAGACAGUAAAGAGAAAGAGAAGUCCAAAACAAGUAGCAGCACUGCCCGAGAACCCAAUGGCUUCCCAGCUGACUCAUCUGCCAACUCCUCCCUCCUCCUGGAGUUCCAGGAUGAGACCAGCAACCAGAGCUCCUUGUCGGACGUUUACCAGCUCAAGGUUGACAGCAGCCCGAACUCGAGCCCCAGCCCCCAACAGAGCGAGUCAAUGAGUCCUGCACAUACGUCCGACUUCCGCACGGACGACUCACAGCCACCUACACUGGGGCAGGAGACCCUGGAAGAGCCCUGCCUGCCUUCCUCGGAAGUUGCAGAUGAGCCUCCCACUCUCACGAAGGAGGAGCCUGUCCCUCUCGAGACUCAGGGCACUGAAGAGGAGGAUUCUGGGGCGCCGCCUCUGAAGAGAUUUUGUGCAGAUCAGAACUCUGUGUGCCACACGGCCUCAGAGAGCUAGGGACAGGCCCCUCCUGCCUGCCCCCGCUGCAGAGCCCUCCUGCCCUACCCCGGGACAGGCCCCUCCCACCAGCCCUCCGCAGAACCAGCUCGCCAUCCCCAAGAACGGGCUCCUCCCUCCAGCCCCCCGCAGAGCCGGCCUGCCCUCCCCAGGGAUGGGCCCCUCCCACCAGCCCUCCUCCCUUCCCUGAUCCAGCCUGCCCUCCCCAGGGACAGGCCCCUCCUGCCAGACCCCUUCCUUUCCCUGAGCCAGCCUGCCCACCCCAGGGACAGGCUCCUCCCUCCAGCCCCCUGCAGAGCCCACCUGCCCUCCCCAGAGACGGGCUUCUCCCACCAGCCCCUUGCAGAGGAACUAGUCUGUAGACUGUCCUUCCCUCAGGGUCAGGCCAGGGCACCUCGCACCAUCAGUACUUGCAAACUUGCCUCUAUUUAUUGGCUCCCUUUUCCUGCUGAUCUGUGCUGGUGCAGCAGGGGCGGGGCUGGUCAUGCAGCCUGCUCGUGUGAGGGGCUGAGUCCUCUGGGUCUCCUGCUGUGCCCGGGCACUGGGCGAGAACUGCAGCCUGACAGAUGUUGUUCCCCUGCAGGACGAUGGCAUCUAGGGUCUCGUGCCCCCAGUUGCCAGGAAUGAAAGAGCCGUUUCCACUGCACUAAGUAGUUUCUCUUCCCCAUUGUUUCCAUGUCCUGGAGCUUCCCCCAGUAAACAAGCCUCAUCGAUGUGCCGGGUUAGGUGAGCAUUCGGGGCAUGAGACCGCCCAGCACUGGAACUUUGACAAAGGCCUUUGCCCUGCAGGGCAGGGAUCCUGAGCUGGGACACUGUGCAAUAGCUGUUGGUUUAAGCCAUUUGUGCUGGAGGAGACAGGUGCACGCGCUAUGGAGGGUAGGCAGAUGAGUGAGUCAGGGCACAGCCGCCAUCCCCAGGCAUGCGCUAUGGGGCCUCUGGACGUCUUGCCACUCUCCCCCGGCCCCUGCAGGUUGGCAGUAUUCAAGGGUGCAGGCUGUAGGCACAGAACCUUUAGUAUUGGAUCCAGGGAGGUUGCCACCAGGUCCCUGGCUGACUCUGCGCCUGGCAUCGACCCACAGUUCCUUAUGUGAGUGCCCAUGGGAGAGGCUGAGGCCGCUUAGGGUUUCUUCAGCUUGAGGGUGGGGAGGUCCUGCUGUGAGGCCCACUCCAAGUCUACCUCAGGGACCGGGAAGGACACAGCAAGGUCUAGGGUCUCUCCCAGAAAACCCAGGGGCCUUGGUUCUCACUCUCCCAGCACUGUCAGGGUGGCAUCAUUUCCCAGUGUACCUUUACACUGCCGGCCCUUGGUGCCUGAUCUGCACACUCUGGCACCUCUCUCACCUGGCUCCCAGUCAGAGCUGCUCCCCAGGCUUGUUUACCAAGGAGCUCCUGUCCCUCCUCUCCAACGCCAUGGACCUGUUUCCUCUUUGUUGCGAUCUGCAUGUCAAAUUGAGUCUGUGAUUGAGCCUCUGUUGAAGCCGAAGGCGCCGGCUGUGCGUGGAAGUGGAGAGAUAUUUUAGCACUGAAUAGAAUAUUUUUAAAAUUAAACUAUUUGAAAUACA